UCGGCCUCCUCAGAUUGGACCUUCUCAAGAAGAAUGUGGCCCCAAGGGGCCAUCUUUGUGGCCCUCCCCCAGCUGGGACCCAUCCUGGUCUGGCUUUUUGCCCGUCAUCGGAUGCCUGGCUGGUGUGAGGGCCAGAGGAAGCCAGCCUGGUGCCCUCCCCACAAAGUCUUGCUGCUGGUUUGGACAACCAUCUACUCAGUCGUAGGCUAUGCCUCGUACCUAGUGUGGAAAGACCUGGGAGGGGGCUUUGGGCGGACACUGGCCCUGCCUCUCGGCCUGUAUGCUGUGCAGCUCACCAUCAGCUGGACAGUCCUGGUCCUCUUUUUUGCCGUCCACAGCACCGGUCUGGCCCUGCUGCACCUGCUGCUGCUCUACGGACUGGUCAUGAGCACCGCUCUCAUCUGGCACCCCAUCAACAAGCUGGCCGCUCUGCUCCUGCUGCCCUACCUGGCCUGGCUCACUGUGACAACUUCCAUUGCCUAUCACCUGUGGAGGGACAGCCUAUGUCCAGAGCCCCAGCCUCAGGUCACCACGGGGGAGGAGAGCAACUGA